UGCCACUAUAUCGUCAUAAGUAACUUUAAAUUGUGCUUUAAAUUUUUCACUUUUUUAGUUCAGUUCUCCAGAUAGGAACUGUCGAUUGUGUGGGGGUUGUUAGAAAAAGGAAUUGUUUUCACAAGGAUGGGAAUAUUUCGCAUAACUACAGCUAAAUUAGCUGAAACUCAAAGAUGCGUACCACAAUUCUCGGCUUUCUUACGACAGCUCACCGAAGGCUCAACUGAUCUCAAGGCCAUAUUGGCCGCGAAAAUUCCCAAGGAACAGGAACGAGUGAAGGCUUUCCGCAAAGCUCACGGGGCUACCAAAGUUGGUGAUGUCACCGUCGAUAUGAUGUACGGUGGUAUGAGAGGAAUCAAAGGUAUGGUCUGGGAACCAUCAGUGCUGGAUCCCGAUGAGGGUAUUCGUUUCAGAGGCCUAUCAAUUCCAGAAUGCCAACAACAAUUACCUAAAGCCCCCGGCGGAACCGAACCUAUUCCAGAGGGUCUUUUCUGGUUGUUGAUUACCGGAGAUGUACCAACUCAGGCCCAGGCUAACGCUAUCUCAAAGGAAUGGUCUGAGCGCGCCGAACUGCCCCCACACGUGGUCAAUUUACUUAACAGCUUACCCACCAACGUCCACCCCAUGACCCAAUUCUCUGCGGCCAUCACGGUACUGAACAGCGAAAGCAAGUUCGCUAAAGCCUACGCCAGCGGUGUGCACAAGUCGAAAUAUUGGGAAUACGUCUAUGAAGACUCCAUGGAUUUAAUUGCCAAGUUGCCCGUUAUAGCGGCAACUAUUUACAGGAAUACUUACAAAGAAGGAUCAGGAAUUGGAGCCAUCGACUGCUCCAAAGAUUGGUCUUUCAACUUCUCGCAAAUGUUGGGAUUCGACAAUCCCGAAUUCAUCGAAUUGAUGAGGCUGUACCUGACGAUCCACAGUGACCACGAGGGUGGUAACGUCUCCGCUCACACCACUCACUUGGUCGGAUCCGCCCUUAGCGAUCCAUACUUGUCUUUCGCAGCUGGUAUGAACGGUUUGGCCGGUCCCCUUCACGGUUUAGCCAACCAGGAGGUGCUCUUGUGGUUGAUCAAAUUGCGCGAACAAGUCGGUGACAAAUACACCGAGGCUCAAUUGAAAGAUUUCAUCUGGAAAACGCUCAAAUCCGGCCAGGUGGUACCCGGUUACGGACACGCCGUAUUGAGGAAAACGGAUCCACGUUACUCGUGCCAACGAGAGUUCGCCCUCAAACGCUUGCCAGAAGAUCCUUUGUUCAAGUUGGUAUCCGAUGUUUACAAAGUGGUUCCUCCAAUCCUUACUGAAUUGGGCAAAGUUAAGAACCCAUGGCCCAAUGUAGAUGCCCAUUCUGGAGUUCUUUUGCAGUAUUAUGGUUUGAAAGAAAUGAACUACUACACCGUGUUGUUCGGCGUUUCGAGAGCGUUGGGUGUAUUGGCCGCCCUCGUCUGGGACAGAGCUCUUGGUUUGCCCAUCGAAAGACCAAAAUCCUUAUCCACCGAUGGACUUAUGGCCUCCCUCAAGUACAAAUAGAUUCAUCAAUUAUUGUAAAUAAGUUCCAACACCGUUAGAUUCGUCGCUCAGAACGGGGUUUGCUGAACUUGCCGUUUCUGAACGUAGAAUCGAUCUCGUCUAAAAUCGUUUCCCAUGUGAUCGUUAGAGUGAUUAGAUGGCAAAAUGAUUCCGGUAAUUUUUUCCGUUCGACCCCCAGUGUUAAUAUUGUCAAUCGUUUUACUAUUUUAUUUAUUUAUUCCGUUUUUGGGAACAGUGUAAAUUUUUAUUUGGCGCAUCGUGGUGCGGCUUUUUGGUUAAGUAUCACUUUAUUUUUAAUUUAUGACCGGACGGUACAAGCUAAACGCCUGUUACUUUGUAAGUAUUUAAACGUGUUGUACAGUAAUUUUUGUAAAUUAAUUAUUAUUCCGUAAAAUGUAAUUAGAGAUCAAUAAACAAGACAAUACUUAUUAUUAAAUCAAAACAGAACAAAAUA